GUUGUCGGCCUUCUCUAAACAAAUGUAUAGGGGCUGAAAACUGAACAGCAUUCACUCGGCUUCAUUUGGAUAGCAGUAGUAGGAGCCUUUAGCAAGUCGCCAUGGUCAAGCAGUGGUCGCGAAAGCUUUGGUUUGUGGGUUUGUGCGCGGUAUUGUGCGCGACAUUGAUGGCUGCCGAAGGAGAAUCCAAGCCAACCGAAGUCAGUAGCAGUGACCAAGAUUCUAACAGCGAUUCCCAGAGCGAUAGCCGAGAAACAGGCAGCCAACAGUCAGACCAAGAUUCCAACAAAUCCGAUGACGGUAGCAGUAAGCAACAUCCUAACAACGAUUCCCAGAGAGAACCCCAAGAGACAGAUAAUAACGAAGACACGAACAGCAAUACCGAAAAACCCGAAGACGGUGACAGUAAUCAAGAUUCUAAACCCGAAUCCAAGCCAACCGAAGUCGGUAGCAGUGACCAAGAUUCUAACAGCGAUACCGAAAAACCCGAAGACGGUGACAGUAAUCAAGAUUCUAAACCCGGUUCCAACGGGCAGUCCGAUGAAACAGAGAACCCCGAAGAACCAAGCAACGAAUCCAAGCCAACCAAAGUCGGUAGCAGUAAUGAAGAUUCCAACAGCGAUUCCGAGAGCGGUAGCCAAGAAACAGGCAGCCAACAGUCAGACAAAGAUUCCGAAAAACCCGAAGACGGUGACAGUCACCAAGAUUCUAAAGCCGGUUCCAAUGGGCAGUCCCAUGAAACACAGAAGCCCGAAGAACCAAACAACGAGUCCAACACAACCGAAGACGGUAACAGUGAGCAAGGUCCUAGCAACGUUCCUGCGCAAAUGCCAGGCAACCCGGAUAGCAAAGAUCCAAACUGCAAUAACGAUGGAAAGACUCCUUACCCAAGAUGCGAGUUUGCAUGCAGUGACGAAGCGUUCUUCCUAACUAAUAAUGAAACAUGUUUGGUUGCACCAGAACAAGGACCAGACGGAGCUCCCGUACCGAUAUCACGCAGCAUGGGUGAACAGGUUAGAGGCGUUUGCCAGGACGGAAAGUGCGUACGAUGACACGCAGCUCAAACCGACGAGAAUAUAUAAAAAGUGUGAAGCUAUUCUCUUGAAGUUCUGAUU